AUGAUGCCGACAGCCGCCGGUCAAACGAUGGGCAUCCAGUUUUGUACGGUCCGUGUCAAACAGAAGUCCGUGGAGGCAGGGAUCAGUGGCCUCUUCAUGACAUGUGACAAUCAUGAAAAACAGGCUAUCGCUGAAGCAUACAAUAUUAUUGAUACUUUGAUGGACAACACUCAGAAAGCACCAGAACCAGAACAUGAUGGGGAACAAUCCGCUGAAGACGACGAUGAGGACGUUGCAGAUUCAUUAAAAAGGGUUUGCGAUGAAGCACGUGGCAGUGGUGGCAAAAUACGUCGAUGUAGACAAAGACCGACAGGAGUGAAGAAUUGCCUAUUUGUUACAGUGCAAGACGCCGAUGUCGUGGACUUGGCCGAACGAAUGGUUACUCAUGCCCAAUCGUCCAGACAAUGUCGAUAUCUGCAACGAGUCCUACCAGUAGAGGAGACAGCUGAUGUUAAUUUGAAGAAACUGAACGAUAUGAUAACAAAGUGCGUGGCAAAACAUUUAAAGGCUAGGGACGACGGUUCGGUGCCGUCAUAUGCUAUGGAAUUCAAAGCACGGAAUAAUGAUUCGAUCAAGAAAUCAGACGUAUUGGAAAUGCUUGGCGAUGCAGUGAAUACGAUCGCUCCAGCGGCGAGAGUGGAUUUGAGUGGCGCCGAUGUGACAUUCAUGAUACAGCUGGUACGAAAAACGAUGAUGGUUGCUGGGAUACCUAAUUAUUAUUCGAAACGGAAAUACAACAUGCAUCCUAAAGACGAGAAACACGAGGAUAGCAAGGGACCGGCUGCAACCAUAGAGUCGAAAGAGGCCAAUAUAAAAGUUCAAGUUCUCAGCAAAUUCCAGAUAUUUUGA